AGUUGCUACACUGAGAUACCUACUCACUCACAGUAUUUUACUCCCCGUCAAAACUAAAAUUCUAGAUUAAUUUUCCCCCUCGAUCGGCGCUCGCCGGAGCCGGAUUCUCCGUACUCAAGCUCCGAGGUGCUCCGAUUUCUCAAGGUUCCCUCAAGAAUGGAUCACGGUUCGGAUGAGGAUUCGGUGAGUGAAUCUGAAAUGGAGGUGUAUGAAGAAAAAACUUAUGAUAAGCUGAAGAAGGGAAGUGUCCAGGUGAAAAUAUCUGACCAAGCUUAUACUUGUCCUUAUUGCCCCAAGAAGAGAAAACGAGAUUAUCAGUACAGGGAACUCCUCCAACAUGCUUCUGGUGUGGGAAACAGCUGUUCAAACAAAAGAACUGCUAAAGAAAAGGCAAACCACCUAGCUUUGGUGAAAUACUUGGAAAAAGAUAUAGUUGCAGCAAAUGGUUCUUCAAAAUCCAUUGACGACAGCAAUUCUGAAAAUGGUUAUGGGAAUGAUGAGAAAUUUGUGUUUCCUUGGAUUGGGGUUGUGGUUAACAUCCCAACUAGAAAGGCAGAGGAUGGACGAUCCGUAGGAGAAAGCGGAUCCAAGUUGAGGGAUGAGUAUAAAGCAAGGGGAUUCAACCCAACGAGGGUUCGCCCACUUUGGAAUUACCGUGGUCAUUCAGGAACUGCUAUUGUUGAAUUCCAUAAAGACUGGCAGGGGCUACACAAUGCCAGAUCAUUUGAGAAGGCUUAUGAGGCUGAUCAUCGUGGGAAAAAGGAUUGGAACAACAAUGGUGAACCAAAGUCUGGUCUUUAUGCUUGGGUAGCCCGUGCCGAUGACUUCCAUUCCACAGGUAUAAUAGGGGAACAACUCCGCAAGAUAGGAGACCUUAAAAGCAUUUCCGAGAUAAUGGAGGAAGAAGCUCGGAAGCAAGAGAAACUUGUAUCUAAUUUGACAAACAUCAUUGAGGUUAAAAAACAGCACAUAAAAGAGAUGGAAGAAAGAUGCACCGAGACUUCAUCGACUCUUAAUAGUGUAAUGCAAGAAAAGGAAAAACUUGUUCAAGCUUAUAAUGAAGAGUUAAAAAAGAUACAAGUAAGUGCCCGAGAUCACUUCCAGAAGAUUUUUAGUGACCAUGAAAAGCUUAAGUUGCAGCUGGAAUCUCAUCAAAGAGAGCUGGAGUUGCGUGGAGCUGAACUGGAAAAGCGUGAGGCAAAAAAUGAGAUUGAUAGAAAAAAUUUAGCCGAAGAAAUUGAAGAGAAUGCCAAAAGAAAUAGUUCACUACAAUUGGCUGCUUUGGAGCAACAGAAGGCUGACGAAAAUGUAAUGAAACUAGCUGAAAAUCAUCAGAGGCAGAAAGAGGAAUUUCAUAAUAGAAUAAUUCAGCUAGAGAAACAAAUCGAUCAAAAACAAGCGCUGGAGUUGGAAAUUGAGCAAUUGAGAGGGACAUUGAAUGUGAUCAAACACAUGGGGGAUGAUGGUGAUAUGGAAGUUAUGGAAAAGGUCGAAGCAACACUUAAAGAACUGAGAGAAAAGGAGGGGGACCUUGAAGACUUGGAAGCAUUAAACCAAACUCUUAUUGUAAAAGAGCGUAAAAGCAAUGAUGAGCUUCAAGAAGCUCGAAAAGAGUUGAUUAAUGUAAUUAGUUUUGUAGACAUCAUCAAGCAGUUUUUGCAUUUUGGAAGAAAGUAUAGCGAGGAAGUAGCAGAGGAAAGAGCUUCUGAAAUCUGCUCUUUGUGGGUUGAAUAUCUGAAAGAUCCAGAUUGGCAUCCUUUCAAAUGCAUUAAAGUUGAAGGAGAAGAAGAAGAACACCAGGAAGUGAUAGAUGAUGAAGAUGAAAAGCUACAAGAUCUGAAACAUGAAAUGGGUGUAGAUGUCUACCUGGCAGUCAUAGCAGCUCUAAAGGAGAUAAAUGAAUACAACCCAAGUGGAAGGUAUAUAAUCUCAGAACUAUGGAAUUAUGCAGAUGGAAGGAAGGCAACACUAAAAGACGGAGUUGUACAUCUACUGACGAUGUGGGACACAAGCAAACGCAGGAGGGGAAUGCUUUGAAGGAUCUUGGCUUCCCACAGAGACAACAUGAUCAAAGUGAAUGGCAUCCUCCAUAUUUGUAUGUAAGCAUUUAAGCUGCUGUGUUAUCAGUAGGAAAUAAUAUUUGAUGUGAUCUUAAGUUUUCAGGCUCUUCUAGUCCCUUCUGUUAUGUCAGAUGAAGACCCCUUUAACUAGAAUUCCAAGGCAUGCAUUGCUGUAGACUUAUGGUUGCAUUUUUACCCUGUCUUUUAGAAGAGUCUGCUUCAUGUAGGCAAUGACGCCAUUGUAAUAAUGAUGAACUCCUAGCUAGCUGUGUGGCUCCUGUAUGACUAUAAACGCCAUUGUGACAA